AUGUCUUCCAACCGCGACAGCGAAGUGACAUACCAGGACGAUCUGGAAGAUGCGACGAUGGCGGCUGGCCAGAGCAGAGCGUCAAAGGAGGCUAUGUUGAACGCUGGACAGUCCAGCCGCGAGAGGCGCAAGAACAAGAAGCAAGCAGAGGAACAGAAGUAA